AUGAAUCACUUGCAGAGACUCCGUCUCUCCCACGCCCACGUGUCUGCCUUCAAGAAGCAGGAGCAUGAUCACUUGGUGCACGUUACCUCCCAGUUCCGCAGGCUGGGCCACCUCCGGGAUCUCCAUCUGGAGUCUCCUUCCUUCCUUGAAUGCUGCCUGGACCAGAUGCUCAGGUGCCUGAAGUCCCCCUUGGACAGCCUGUCAAUAAGCAAGUGCGGGCUUACAGAAUCAGACUUGACCCACCUGUGCCAGAGCCCAGACAUCAGUCAGCCAAAGAGCCUGGACCUGAGCGGUGUCACCAUGACUGACUUUCGGCCUGAGCUCCUCCAAGUUCUGCUGGAGAAAGUCGCAGCCACCAUGCAGGAACUGGACUUCGAUGUGUGUGGGAUCACGGACUCCCAGCUGGAGGCCUUCCUGCCUGCCCUGAGCCGCUGCUCCCAGCUCAGGUCCUUCAGCCUGUGUGGGAACGUCCUGUCCACGGCCGGCGUGGAGAAGCUGCUGCGACACACCACUGUGCUGCCCUGCUUAAGGCAAGAGCGUUAUCCUGCCCCUCAGGAGACUUACAGACCUCGGGGUGUUCUCCUGGAAGCGAGACUUGCCCAGCUUCGGGCUCAGCUGUUGGAGAUUCUGAGGGACUUGGGACGUCCCAGGAUCAUCUGGAUUAGCCUCAGCCCCUGUCCUCGCUGUGGGGAGGCUGGAUGCCAUCACAAGGAGCCCGUUAUAUACAGCUGUCCUGCCCCCGCCUAG